AUGGCGGCGGGCGGGCUCCUGGUGGCGGCGGCGCUGGUGCUGGCGGCUCUGCUGCUGCUGUGGCGGCGGCGGGCGGGAGGUGCGGGACGGGUGUGCGUGGCCGUGCUGGGCGAUCUGGGCCGCAGCCCGCGGAUGCAGUACCACGCACUCUCGCUGGCCAGGCACGGACGCGGCGUCUCGCUGCUGGGCUAUCUCCAGACGAGGCCGCACGGAGAUGUCCUGAGGAGCGAGAAGAUCCGGCUGGUGCCCGUGGCCGACCUGCGAGGGCUGCGAGUUGGUCCAAAGCUUUUCCAGUAUGUUGUAAAAGUCCUUGUGCAGGCAGUACAGUUGCUGUACACACUGCUGAAAAUAGAUCAGCCAUCCUAUAUUCUUCUUCAGAACCCUCCAGGCUUACCUGGUAUAGCAGUUGCCUGGGUUGUGUGUCUUUUCUGGAGAAGCAAACUGAUAAUUGAUUGGCACAACUAUGGAUAUACAAUAAUGAGCCUGACUCAUGGAAGAAAUCACCCACUGGUACAAAUUACAAAAUGGUAUGAAAAGCUUUUUGGGCGUUUGUCUGACUUCAACUUGUGUGUCACUAAUGCAAUGAAAGAAGAUUUAUGGGUGAAUUGCAACAUCAAGGCAGUAACACUGUAUGACAAGCCAGCUUCCUAUUUUAAGGAAACACCUUUAGAACUUCAGCAUCAGUUGUACAUGAAACUUGCCAAAGAUUAUGAGCCUUUCAAACCACAGCAUGUUGCAGAGCCUGGCAGUUGGGAUGGUGAGAGAUCUGCCUUUACAGAAAGGGAUGGAAAAAAAGGACAUGUGAUAAAACCCCCAGGACGCCCAGCUCUUCUCAUCAGCAGCACAAGCUGGACAGAGGAUGAAGACUUUUCAGUCCUUUUGAAAGCUUUGGAAGAUUAUGAGCACUGUAUCAACGAGGGAGCCAAGCUUCCACCUGUAGUGUGUGUGAUAACAGGCAAAGGACCUCUAAAAGACUACUACAAUGGACUGAUAAAUAAACUGCACUUCAAACACAUCCAGAUCUGUACACCAUGGCUUGAAGCUGAGGAUUACCCUCUGUUGCUUGGCUCAGCAGACCUGGGAGUGUGUCUCCAUAAAUCCUCCAGUGGGCUGGACCUGCCCAUGAAGGUUGUGGAUAUGUUUGGCUGCUGCUUACCUGUCUGUGCCAUAUAUUUUGAGUGUUUACAUGAACUUGUGAGACAUAAUGAAAAUGGUCUGAUAUUCAGGGACUCCACUGAACUUGCAGAGCAGCUCAAGAUGCUUUUCUUGGGAUUUCCUACACUGGAAGGCAAACUUCAGAGCUUCAGAAAAAACCUCCGUGCAUCCCAGCAGCUGCACUGGGAUGAGAGCUGGGACCAGACUGUUCUUCCUUUGCUGGGGCAGAAUGAAUGACUUUGGGGAGAGCUGGGUCUCCAAAAAGCUCCCACAUCCCUGGAGCUGCACAGAUCUGACCAGCAGCGAAUAAAACCCUUUGAACUCUCUCGAGCUGCAGUUUGUAGCUGCCUCACUUGGGGACAAGUGCUUGGAGACCCCUUUUUCAUCACCAUUUGAGCUUCUCGUGGGAGCAGGAGCAGUGCUGACAGUGCAGCCCAGGCUGCUUUUGUGCCACCGGUGGAAAUCCUGAGAGAAGGCAGGAUUCGGCAGGCAGGAGUCCUGCCCUGGAGUGCUGG